CUUACUUUACGUACUGUCAGUAUCCGAAAUAAGGUUCAUUCAUCACAACCGAUUCGGCAAAUAGAGUAGUGCAAAGAUGAGUCCACUUUACUUUCUACUGCUAGUAUUUGCUGUGGGUCCACAAUCACUUACGGCAUGUACUGAUCGUAGCGAGCCGGAUUGUUCACUCCAUCAGAGUGGGCAUAUCCUGCCGGACGAACAUAGCUGCUAUCGCUACUAUGUCUGCAGACGUGGCAGAGCUAUAUCGCGCAGAUGUCGCAGAGGAUUGCAGUUUGAUUGUGAAACGAAUGUCUGUACAUUCCCUGAAUUUGCUAAGUGUUACAUUCAUCGGCAUAAGGAUGAUGGAGAGAAAGAGCAUCCGAUUCAUUGGCCGGAACCAUUUGAAGGCUCGCCAUCGUGUGACACAACAACGCCAACACCUUGUGUUACCACGCCCCCAUGUGUUACAACACCACGAUGUGACACACCAACACCAACACCAACACCUUGUGUUACCACGCCACCAUGUGUUACAACACCACGAUGUGACACACCAACACCAACACCUUGUGCUACGCCGAAACCAACCACCACCACUUCCAAAACAACAAAGUCAACCACAACCAAAAGCCCAACUACAAAAUCGACAACCACAAGGACCACAAGGACUACAACAACACCGUGCAAAACAGAAACAACUACGGUACCCUGCAUAACUCCUUCACCAACACCGUCGUGUGAUACACCAACACCAACACCCUGCACGUGUAAGCCCACAACACCACCUGUGACUACUUGUGAAACAACAACAAGGUCAACCACAACCAAAAGCCCAACUACAAGAUCGACAACCACACGGACCACAAGGACUACAACAACACCGUGCAAAACAGAAACAACUACGGUACCCUGCAUAACUCCUUCACCAACACCGUCGUGUGAUACACCAACACCAACACCCACACCCUGCACGUAUAAGCCCACAACACCAGAUGUGACUACUUGUGAAACAACAACAAGGUCAACCACGACCAAAAGCCAAACUACAAAAUCGACAACCACAAGGACCACAAGGACUCACAACACCGUGCAACAGAACAACUACGGUACCACCUGCUUAUCUUCGCAACACCCUGCAUGCAAGCACCGCACCACGCCAACUACUUGUAACGGCAGCCAACACCAUGCACAGCAACACCUGGAUGAAGUUUUCAUCAACACCAUGCAAUUUUGCACAGCCGUGGUACAUUGUACCGAGAUGCAUUUCGAGAGCGCCAACGAUUCACCAAUACCACGUCAAUGCGUUGCACGUUUGCCACGCUCAGGACCCGCGUGA